AUGAUUGAAUCAUUCGCUACGAAAACUUCGCUUCCUCCGAUCCCGACGUCGAGUCCGUCGGUAGGACCUGUUCCCACGGUGAUCCCGGGUCCUAGUGCUGUGCUGCAGGAGAUCCAUGAGACAGGGAAGAGGACAUUAUGGGUCGUCGCCGUGCUCAUGGCGCUUUCAUCUCUCGUCUUCUAUGUGCUAACUUCUAGGGCACCAUUGUCCAAACGCAUCCUCCAUACCCUGGUCGCCAUAACCACCACAAUCUCGUUCAUAACCUACAUGGCCCUCGCAACCGGCACCGGCACAGCCUGGAACCACUCCAUCUUCACCCACGCCCACAAACACGUCCCCGACACAACCGAACACCAUUACCGUCAAAUCCUCUACCUGCGCUACAUAAACUGGUUCCUCACCAACCCACUCAUGCUCAUUAACCUAGCCCUCCUUUCCGGCCUCCCUGGCGCAAACUUACUCGUUGCCAUCGUGGCGGACUUUGUUAUGCUUUCUUCGGGACUGCUGGGCACGUUUACGGAUAAUGCGAGUGUGAAGUGGGUUUGGUUUGUGGUUAGUUGUGUGGGGUAUUUGGUGACGGUUUAUCAGGUGGGGAUUCAUGGGACCAGGGCGGCGAGUGGUAAGGAUUCGCAGAGAAGGAGGUUUUACGGGACUGUUGCGGGGGCAACAUUAUUGGCUAAGGUUCUGUAUCCGAUUGUCCUCGCCGCUGGUGGUAUCGCGCUCAAGUUGAACGUGGAUGCUGAGACCAUUCUAUUUGCUAUUCUGGAUAUCUUCACCCAGGGUAUUCUUGGCUACUGGCUUCUGAUUGCAUAUGAAAGUGUGGCUGGAACUACUCUCUACCUCGACGGCUUCUGGUCCCGCGGAAUCGGCAACGAAGGCGCCAUUCGCAUCACUGAUGAAGAUGGCGAUGGAGCGUAG